UUCAUUACGAAGUAGAAAUUCACGACACAGAAAAACUCAUCUUAAGCCGUCUUGAUGAAACAUAUAUAGGUAAGCGUGCUAUGGUACUCCAUGUAGGAUGUAGGUAUUUGCUAUAAUUCUUUGACUCUCUUGUUGUGUUUUAUUUGCUACACGUCGUCGACCAUGUCGUCUGUUUCCUCGCACGCAGGGCCCACCGGCCCUGUCGCCAAACAAUCUUUCUUCCGCUCGGUGCCCUUUCAAAUCCUCGUUGCGUGCGGUGUCUCCUUCACCGCGCCAGGCAUGUGGGAUGCGCUCGGCGGGCUAGGAGCCGGCGGAGCCGCAGAGCCCUACGCCGUAUCCGCCGCCAACGCGCUGGUCUACGGGCUCUUCGCCAUCGUCUGCGUCGCCGCCGGCGCCAUCAACAACCGCAUCGGGCUGCCGUACGGGCUGGCCAUCGGCGCCAUCGGCUACCCGCUGUACGGCGCGGGCCUGUACACCAACAACAUCAGCGCCAACACGUGGUUCAUGCUCUUCGGCAGCGCGCUGUGCGGCAUCUCAGCCGGCUUCUUCUGGGCCGCAGAAGCAGCCAUCAUCAUCGGGUACCCCUCCCCUGGCGACCGCGCUUUCUACCUCGCCGUCUGGCAGACAGCAAAAGCAUCCGGCCCCAUCGUCGGCGGCGCAAUAAACCUCGGCCUCAACGCAAACCGCCGCACAACCGGCAGCGUCUCCCCCUCCACAUACAUAGUCUUCAUCGUAAUCAUGUGCCUGGGCCUUCCCAUCGCGCUCCUUCUCUCCCCCGCGCGCAAAGUCUGGCGCAAAGACGGAACCCGCAUCACCACCCACCAAGCCGCUACCUGGGGUGCGGAAUUCCGCGCCGUAGCAUCCCUCUUCCUCUCCCGACGCAUCCUUCUCCUCCUCCCCGCUUUCUUCAUAAGCUACUUCUACAACGGCUUCACCAGCACCUGGCUCACGACCUACUUCACCGUGCGCGCCCGCGCUUUCAGCUCCUUCCUCACUAACUUCGCCGGCAUCUUUAGCUCCUUCCUGAUCGCCGCACUACUGGACCGGCAGAGCAUGCACAUCCAGACGCGGGGUCGGGUGGCAUUUUGCUGCAUCAUCACUAUCUUGAUAGGGACGUGGAUCUGGGCGAGCGUGCUGCAGAAGGAGUUCUAUGCCCGGGGGGAGGCGCCGGUGUUUGAUUGGUUUACAGCCGGGUUCGGGAAGAGCUAUGCGUUGGUUUUCUUCUGGCAGUUUGGCGGGCAGGCGUUUCAGCAGUUUCUGUAUUGGCUGGUUGGGCAGUAUGCGACGGAUUUGAGUCAUUUGAGUUAUUUGACGGGGAUUCUGAGGGGGGUGGAGGCCCUGGGGCAGACGGUGGCUUGGGCGUGAGUUUUUCUUUCCCUGUUCUUCUUCUUGUUCUUCUUUUUUUCUGGGCGCUUUGAUGGCUGGUGUUGUGGCUUGCUAACGAUUUACAGGAUGCAAUCCGAAGGCAACGCGAACCACUUUGUUAGUAUCGGGAUCAACUUCGGCUUCACGGUGCUGUGUAUUUUGCCGACGUGGAUUGUGCUCUCGGAGCUUGAGGGG